AUGCAGUGGCUUGGACUGGGUUUACUUACUCUAACAGUGGCUUUAGUGGCUCUUGUAGCUGGUCAUGCGAUUGAAGAGGAGAUUCCACCAUCUUUGGCUGCUCAUGCUUAUGGUCCUGCCAUACGCAUUAGCUCUGGGAUUUUACAACUAGCUCCGGAUAGUGAACAGCCCCAAUUGCUGCUGGUGCCUCAUGUCCACUCCUCUUCGUUGAGUUAUCCCUGGCCGCAUUUCUAUGUGGACACCUUGACAGCUUCACACCUGCCACACUCCUCCAUGACACCUGUUGGUGGUGCUAGCGAUUCGAUCCAUGAACCACGUAUUUUGGUCAAUGAUAAUGUGGACUUUUCGCAAACCAAAUUGCCCAAAUCUCGGGUCGUUCACUCCCAUGGACGCUAG